GUCUGGGAGCAGGAAAGGAGACCCACUCCCCCGCCAUCCACACACGAACGCGCACACCCUCGAGGCCAUCCCAGCUUCCUGCCUGCCCUCCACCGUCCAAUAGCCUCGGGGCAGGGCAAGCAGAACAAGCCGCGACAGCCCUAGCCAGGGUCCCCGCCCUGUUCCCGGUUCCUUCGCCUGGGUAAUCCAUCGGGCCCGGGGCUGGGCCUUUAUAUGCCUCCCGCAGCCCGCCCGGCGCGGCGGCUUUCUUUUCCUCCUUCCGUCCUCCUGCAAUAGCACCAUUAGCUGCAACAGCAGCAAAAGCAGCAGCAGCAGCAGAGCAAAAGCAGCAGGAGCUGCUCCCGGGCACUGCAAAAAAAAGAAAAAAAGGGAGGGGGCGAGCCGCAGCCUGCCAGCACCGCUCCCCAUCCUAGCCCUCCUCUUCCUCCCCCCUCCUUUCUAUCCCUUUCCCCCGGUCCUGUCUUGCCAGGUCAGCGCCAAGUGUGUGAGUGUGUGCGAGUGUUUGUGAGUUGCGCGUGUCUGGGUGUGAGUGCGCGCGCGCGCGCCCGCUGGCCAGCGCUGCGCCCGCAGGAGCCCCAGCUGUGCGCGCCGGAGCCCGGCUCCGAACCUGGGUCUCCCCCUCCCCCAGGCCGCGGAACCCGGGUAUUCCCCCUUCCCCCACCCCUCCCCUUCCCCCCGGGCCCCCCGGCUCCCGCGGCUGUGCAACAAGAUGGCGGGAUCGGUGGCCGAGAGAGACUCGGUGGUGAAACUAGAGGAUGGGCAUUUAAACAACUCCUUGGGAUCUCCGGUCCAAACAGAUGUGUACUUUCCAAGACUGAUAGUACCGUUUUGUGGGCAUAUUAAAGGUGGGAUGAGGCCAGGCAAGAAGAUCUUAGUGAUGGGGAUUGUAGACCUCAACCCUGAGAGUUUUGAGAUCAGUUUGACGUGUGGGGACUCCAAAGAUCCUCCUGCAGAUGUGGCCAUUGAACUGAAAGCAGUAUUUACAGAUAAGCAGCUGCUCAGAAAUUCAUGUAUAUCGGGAGAAAGAGGCGAAGAACAAUCAGCAAUUCCUUAUUUUCCUUUCAUCCCAGACCAGCCGUUUAGGGUGGAAAUUCUUUGUGAACACCCACGAUUUAGAGUAUUUGUGGAUGGACACCAACUUUUUGAUUUUUACCAUCGAAUUGAAACAUUGUCCUCAAUUGACACAAUAAAGAUCAAUGGAGACCUCCAGAUCACUAAACUUGGCUGACCUCGGUGCCCAGAUCAUCAUCCCUAUUCCAAAUAGGAGCAGAUGCCACCCUCGAUUGUCUGGAAGAGCAUUCCUACCAGGAUAUGGAGACUUAACAAAAACAAAACAAACAUAAACAAACAAACAAAAAGACAAGCUUUCCAGUCUCUUCUGUGUGUGCAGUUUAAACCCAAAAUGAGGACUUGAACCGGGGUUUACCCUCAUGAAGAAAGCUUUUGGGUAACAGACACUGAACCAUUGUCCUGGAGCAAAGUAAUACAUUUAUGCUGGGUUUUGUUCCUAUCAAACUAGAAUGGGUGUGGGGUCGUUUGGGGUUUGGGGCUUAAUUGGCAGCAAUGUGUUCAUCUCUCCUUUGCAGAAAGGAGGUCUGCAAACAAAAGUGCUAAAAUAACAAUAAUUUUAAACACGGUACACAGAAAAGUUUUCUUUUGUGCAACCAGUUUCUGCACUGAAAUAGAGUCAUGUAGCACAACCAAUAACAUUUUAGUCAGGGUAUUUACCUAGAAUGUAGGUGGUUCCAGUUUUUUGCACAGCAUAAUAUUAAUACAGUUUUUAAAGCUUUCUUGGUAGUUUAUUUAUUUAUACUCAGUGUAUGUAUUAGAAAAAUAAGCAAUGUUAUCGAGUACAUACAGAGAACAGCAAGUCAUGAAGUUUUGAAUGUACAAAUGACUUAGAUCCAUAGGAUAAAGUAAACUUUUAUCAUUUUUGAAACACAUAUACAAUCGUUGGAAUAAUUGAGUUCUGGUGGUGUCCUUUACACCCCUAAAAUCAAGCUUCUUUGGAUUAGUUGCUAUAAAUGCUUUGGGGGGGAGUAGGGAGAGCUUUGCAGUAAUUUAAGUAAAAUUAUUUCCCAUGCUAUCGGUCAUUACAUGUAACUACAUUUACACUGAUUUUGCUCCUUUCUUUGAAUUGACAUGAUACAUAAUAUGGCUUCCCUAAGGGUAAAUUCCCAUGUUUUCUUGGAAUUUAUAACAUGGUUCAUGAUAUAAUUGUUCGGUUAAUUGAAAAUUCUUAUGAAGUGAUUGCAAAGACAAUAUUUUUUAAAAUGUACUUUACAGGGACUUUCAACUUAUUAUGAAGAGGGUGUUUGUGCCAUGAUAGAUAGCAAAGUAAGAAUAUGAAGAGAACUUUCUGGAUUUUGAAAUCAGGAGAAUAAUGUUUAUGCUGUACCAUUCACAGCUGCCGAAUUUCAGAAUUCAGAACCUAGUCCUCCUUUCAUAUGUCACUCUUAGUGAUUUCCCUAACCAGUGCUUCCCCUGCUUUGGCUCACUGUUACAGACUGACAAAAUCGAUUAUCUUCUGUCUCUAUUGAUCCAUGCAGGGAGGAAAGAGUAGCGCUGAGGCUGGAUCCCAACUAAGUAAUGUUAUUUCAGAGGGUUAACUCUCAUGUUGUUGAGCUUUUGAGUGUGGACAGUUUUAGGCUCACCAGAAUUUUGAUACUGCAUGCUGGCUGAGCUGAUAAAUGGGUGCAGUUUCUCUGGGGAGAUGUAGAAGGUCCUGUAACUAUCCAUGGGAUGGAGGGUUUAAGGACUGGACUCUGAGCUCUACCCUCUGAGGCUGUGCUGGUGGCAUUGUUUAGAGCUUCAGCAUUAGUAAGGGUCCCACAGAGAGCGGAGCGUGGCACGGGAAGAGAGACUGAGGACUUCAUUUUGACUCCCAGCUCUUCUCUCUGUGUGACCUCAGAUACUUCUCUGGCCAUAAUGAGAGGGUGUCGGAUCAUAUAGAUGAUGGUCUCUAUGGUCCCUUCCAGUUCUAAAACCUAAUGGUCCUAAGAGUGGCUGUGGGGGUGGGGGUAAGGGUAGGGGAGGUGUAUUUAUAUAUAGUUCAGAUUUUGUUGAUAGGAUAAUUGAGUCUUGUUAUGGUCAUGUUUGCUUUUUAGUUAUUUUACACAACAUGCAGACAAAUGGAAAUGACCAGGUCUUUUCCACAUGUCAAAAGAAGGUAGACGGUGUUUCAGUACCAAAGUAUAAUCUUUUUUAAAAAAAAAAAAGGAAAGAAAACCAAAAUCAUGAGACUUGAAGAUUCUUCCCUAUCUCAGAAACUGUUUAACACAGUCUCACUGUGUUAUGUAAGAUUCAUUAUUCCCUCGGAUCCACUUUGCUCCGAAGAGUUCUAUGUACUAGUUUGGCUAUACUGCUUUUGAUCAACUUUUCUCACCUUGGAGAAUUGUAAACCUCCCAUAUUCUGAAGAGAGUUUGUAGCUAUUUAUAGCAUAACUGGGCUUUGCUCAUCAUUAAAUGAUAACCUUUAGAAGGUAGCCCACCAGCUACAUAAUUCAGCAGAAAAUAGAGGGCACUUGAGUGUAACUGGCUGGAAAUGACUCAAUUCUGCCUACUUAUCCCUGAACCAAUUAAUGGGUCUUUAGACGGCUUAGCAGCAAAGGUACAGUGUUAACCCUUUCAUCUCAACUCAGAGAGGGCCUUGAGAGCCCAUAAUAAGCCUUUUCAGGAAUGCAUUUUAACUGAGAGAGCUUGAUUCCAGUGCUGCUAAAUUGUAAGGUGAAUAAUCCUGUGGUUUUAAUCAUUUUUUAGCUGCAACUUGAAAAUAAUUUUCACCUCUCAUACUUCUGUGAGGUCUAAGGUGUGAAAUGAAGAUGAGAAGGUAACAAUUUAAAAUCACAAGAAAAUGUUUUGUUAUGUAGGCAGCUACUAAAUACCAGAGCCCUCAUUUCCCAACAUGAUUUAAAUCAUUCAAAGACAUGAUUUAAAUCAUUCCAAAUAUCAGAAUUAGACUAUUGAAAGAUAAAGUAAGCUCUCCUAGGGAUCCUUAGCCGCCUUUGUGUCAUGGAUGCCUUUGGCAGUCUAGUGAAGCCUAGGGACCCCUUCUCAGAAUAAUUUUUAAUGGCAUAAAGUAAAAAGUAUUACAAAAGAGACUGGUUAUAUUGAAAUACAGUUAUCAAAGUAUUUUUAAAAACAAGUUGACAAGUCACUAAGUCAAAAAACCCCUGCUUUAGACAAUCUGUUGUUUCCUUCCUACAGCAUUGUGUCCAUAAAAUGGAAUCAAAUUUGGUGUCCGCUCUUUGAGUUAUCUAAGGAACUUAUCUUUUAAGAUUUUGUUUUAGAAUGUAUCCAGUGAAGCUGACCCUCAUAUACAACUCCUUAUAAUAAAGGUUCCCUCAUAAAAUUGA